AUGACAAUGACAAUGGCCACGGCAACCGCAGCCGCAGACAAUGGCGAAACCACCGCCGCCAUGAUAACCAAGCAAAGCGCCGCCGACGAGAUCAACCAGAAGAAGAGUAGAAUCCAAGUUUCCAACACCAAGAAACCUCUCUUCUUCUACGUCAAUCUUGCAAAGAGGUACCUGCAACAGCAUCAAGAGAUCGAACUUUCUGCAUUGGGCAUGGCAAUCACCACAGUCGUAACCAUAACCGAGAUCCUCAAGAACAAUGGAUUGGUGAAGGAGAAGAGUAUCGUAACAUCGACGGUGGGAAUGAAGGAUGCAAAUAAGGGAAGAACUAUUCAGAAAGCUCGGAUCGAAAUCGUGCUGGAGAAAUCAGACAAAUUCGAUUCAGUAAUGCAUCCAUCCGACAACACAAAUAAUACAUCUGCUACUAAUGCUGCAGCUACAACCAACACCAACAACAACAAUAAUGCUGAAAGCAACGAAAAGAAGCAGUAA